AAUCAAUCCCAUAAUUUUUUUCGCUAAAGCGUUACCCAAGUCAUUCAACCAGUUUGACAGUGUACGCAUACAUAGUCUUAGGUUGGGCUCAUCGUUGUCCUCCCUCCUGAAUGUUUUCAGCUAUUUGUGUCUACCCAUUGGAUACCCAGCAUAGCCCGUUUGUCUUGUUCACCCUGUCGUUUGAUAUAUUUCAUUUCCUGGUCCGGAUAGGCGUUUCUUUUCAUUCAACUAACCAACCAUCAAUCGUGUAUUUUCCUUUCGUCAAUUGGGAGGUGUUCUGGAGGGAGGAAAUGCUGCUGCUUUUUCUGAUGCUUUUUUUUUUAUCUGGUUAUAUACGCACCAUCGCGGAGACCAUACGUACACGAAAAAGGAUGUGAACAUUUUUGUGUCAUUUUAUAUUCUGCUUUAUCUUCAUGUCUAUAGUAUCUAGCUUAAAUAAACCUUUGUUAUUUGGAAAUUCACUUUC